AUGGCUGGCAAAAACAUGAGAAAGAGGAAACCUGCUUCUCAGCAAAACAAGGACAACAAUAAGAAGCGGUUCUCCUCCAUUAGCCAUGACCCAUUUUUCCACAACAGCGAUUCAAAACGGAAGAAUAAAUUCCAUGACGAAGACAUCAAUAGCAGCGAUGAUGAAGGGGAGGAAUUUGAUUCCGAAGGGGAAAAAGAAGCAGUGGCAGGGGAGGAGGACAAUGAAGAAGAGAUUAUAGAGGAAACGCCUGCAGAGAAAAAGAAGCGAUUAGCUGAGGCAUUCUUGGACAGGAUGAGGGCGAGGGAGAAGAGAGAAGAAGAGGAUGAGGAAUUAGAGGAUGAAGGAGCGAGGAGAGAAAGAGAGGGAGAGAGAGAUUCACUUAUUGCCAAAAUUUUGCAGCAGGAGCAGCUUGAGGAGAGCGGCCGGAUGCGCAGAGCCAUCGCUUCCAGGGUUCAAAAUCCAGAAACAAUGGAAGGAUUUCAGUUUUUAGUAAAACACCGGCAUCCAGUUACUGCUGUAGCUCUAUCGGAGGAUGAUACCAGAGGAUUUUCAGCUUCCAAGGAUGGUACCAUUUUUCAUUGGGAUGUCAAUAGUGGGAAGACUGAAAAGUAUGUGUGGCCUAGUGAUGAAGUGCUGAAAUCUCAUGGUGCUAAGGACCCCCAAGGUCGAGCUACAAAGCACAGUAAGCAUGUUCUAGCAUUGGCUGUUAGUUCCGAUGGUCGAUAUUUGGCAAGUGGUGGCCUAGAUCGUCAUGUACAUCUGUGGGAUAUCCGUACUCGGCAGCAUAUUCAGGCGUUUCCAGGGCAUAAAGGACCUGUGUCAUGCUUAACAUUUAGGCAAGGAACUUCAGAACUUUUUUCUGGUUCAUUUGAUCGAUCUAUCAAAAUCUGGAAUGCAGAAGAUAGAACUUACAUAAAUACGUUGUUUGGUCACCAGAGUGAAGUGUUAACAAUUGACAGCUUGAGAAAAGAACGUGUAUUGACUGUUGGACGUGACCGGACCAUGCAUCUGUGGAAGGUACCAGAAGAAUCUCAACUAGUAUUUCGAGCUCCUGCAUCAUCCCUGGAAUGCUGCUGCUUUAUUAGCAAUGAUGAAUUCUUAUCGGGUUCUGAUGAUGGAAGUAUUGAACAUUGGAACAUAUUACGUAAGAAGCCUGUCCAUAUUGUAAGAAAUGCACAUGCUUCGUUGACCCAGAUCAAUUUUGAACAAAGACAUAAUGGCUUAUCAAAUGGCCACAUAGAAAAUAAUGCCCAAGAUUCUGAAAAACCUUGUUCUACUGCUCUUUCCUGGGUCAGUUCAGUGGCUGUAUGUAGAAGCAGCGAUGUUGCUGCUUCCGGAGCUGGAAAUGGUUCUAUACGUCUUUGGACGAUUGAGAAUGAAUCCAAAGGCAUUUGUCCUCUGUUUGAGCUCCCCCUGGUUGGAUUUGUGAACUCUUUAUCUUUUGCGAAAUCUGGAAGGUUCCUUAUUGCUGGUGUUGGGCAGGAGCCCCGAUUAGGAAGUGACUUGAAAGGAAUUUGUAAGAACUUGGCAAAUGCAGGCGGAGGUUGGCUUGCUUUGUGCUCGUUCAGCAUGGCUCCUUUGUACGAAUGUUUUUCCGGGCCCCUGUUUCAAUAUUCAAUAACGAUCGAGGAACAGGCAUACAUUUGA